UAGUGUCAAUAUAGUGUAACAUUUUUGUCUCGAAAUACCUUAGUGCUUGAAGUAUGUUUUAAUUUCAAUGUGAUUGAUACUUUUCCUAUAUUAAUUAAUUAUUUAACGUUUUUCAUUUGUUUUCAAAAAUAUACAUUUAAGUUGAGUGUACUCCGCGUUCAAUGUACGUAUUCACAGUUAAAACUAGUGUCUAUAAAGUUUUGUAAACAGAUUGAAAAACAUCAAUUUCGAAGCACGAAACAUUAGCAACACGGCAUAAAAAUGGGUGGAAAAGCUGAAAAGGGCACGCCAAAGUAUAUAGCUAAUAAAAUAAAGGCGAAAGGGUUGCAGAAGCUGCGAUGGUACUGCCAAAUGUGUCAAAAACAGUGUCGAGAUGAAAACGGGUUCAAAUGCCACACAAUGUCGGAAUCCCACCAGAGGCAGUUGUUAUUGUUCGCUGACAACGCCUCCAAGUAUAUAGACGAGUUUUCCAAAGAGUUCGCUGACGGGUAUUUAGAGUUAUUGCGAAGACAAUUUGGUACGAAGCGAGUGAAUGCGAAUAACGUAUACCAGGACUAUAUUUCCAAUCGUGAACACUUGCACAUGAACGCAACACAAUGGGAGACCCUCACGGACUUUGUGAAGUGGCUCGGCAGAGAGGGCAAGUGUGUGGUGGACGAAACGGAGAAGGGAUGGUUCGUAGCGUACAUAGACAGGGACCCGGCGGCUAUCGCCGCGCAAGAGGCGAGGGCGAAAAAGGAGAAGAUGGAUAAAGAUGAUCAGGAGAGAAUGUUAGAAUUUAUACAGAAGCAAGUGGAGAGGGGGAGGAAAGAGAGAGAAGAUGAGGAACCGAAAUAUACAGAGUUCAAACGAGAGAGCAGCCAAGAGAGACUCACGCUUAAUUUGAAUUUGAAACGAAAGACCCAGGAAAAGCAUGAGUUAGCCAAAUCGGCCCUACAUACAAUAAAAGUUAAACCAGAGGCGUCAAGCAAAAAGCAAAAGUCUGACAGUAGAAGCAAUGCCCUCGACGAAAUUAUGGAGAUGACCGAGAGGCAGAGGGAGAAAGCUAAUAGAAAAGACUACUGGUUAGCGGAAGGUAUAAUUGUGAAAAUUAUAACGAAAACGCUCGGCGACAAGUUCUACAAACGGAAGGCCGUCGUCGAGAGGGUCAUAGACAAGUACGGCGCUCAUGUCAAACUGACAGAUGACAAUGUCAAAUUGAAGCUCGACCAGAAUCACGUGGAAACGGUGAUACCGUCGCCGGGCCGUGUGGUGCGCUUCGUGAAUGGAGCCUACCGGGGCCUAGUGGGCACUUUGCAGCAUGUCGACACUGAUAAUUUUUGCUGUCAAGUAGAAGUUACGGAAGGACCUCUGAAAGGACGAUUAGUGAAAAAUGUACAGUACGAAGAUAUAAGUAAAUUAGCGUGAUAUUGUAAUUGUAUCAAUAAAUUAUUUUUUUAU